AGGCGGGGCCUCCCCCGGCCCUACGUCACUCUCCUGAGACUGCGCCUGCGCGGGUCGUCAUGCUGUCUGCAGGCCGCCGCUGUCCAGUCUUGCUACAGCUGCGGCGCCUACGGAGGCGGCCAGGGAUCGCAACCUGUCCAUUUCUGCGCGGGCUUGGGCAAGAGCCCGUCGAGACAGCUCGGUCACUGUGUUGCGAGUUCUCGCAAAGAGACGCGCGAGAUGGAGAGGGAGAGCGCAGGGAGGCACAGAAGAAAGUCCCGGGCGCUGAGUCGCCUCCAUCUCUUCCUCCGCGCGUCCCAGGCGUUGGGACAAGAUGUGUUUCGUCACUGGAAAGCCUCAGACCGCCGAUGCCUCGAGAGGAGUCACCCCCUCGAGAGCACGAGAACCCGAGUGGAGACCAGGGCCAGUCGGAUCCCGCCCUGCCCGCCCUGGACCAGUCCGAGACCGAGGUCGGAGAACUUCACGCCUCCUCUUCCUGGUCAUCUUCCAGAGAGGAGCCCUUUCGGGCUGGGGAGCUGAUUUUAGCUGAGCUUGGGAAGAGAGAAACACAAUUUAAAAAAUUAUUUAGGUUGAGCAACGCCGGACACUUAAAUAGUAGCUGGGGGACAGUCCCUUUUGGCGACAUCGUGGGGAAGUUCCCUGGACAGAUACUGAGGAGUUCCUCUGGUAAGCACUUCAUGCUGAGAAGGCCGUCACUGGAAGACUAUGUAUUACUGAUGAAAAGAGGGCCUGCCAUAACAUAUCCAAAGGAUAUGACUAUGAUGCUGAUGAUGAUGAAUAUUCACCCAGGUGAUACAGUUUUGGAAGCUGGCUCGGGCUCAGGGGGAAUGACCUUAUUUUUAUCCAAAGCAGUUGGAUCACAAGGACGAGUCAUAAGUUUUGAAAUACGAAAAGACCACCAUGUACUGGCUAAGAAGAAUUACAAACACUGGCGUGAUUCAUGGAAAAUGAGUCAUAUAGAAGAGUGGCCAGACAAUGUGGAUUUUAUUCAUAAGGAUAUUUCAGGAGCAACUGAAGACAUAAAAUCUUUCACAUUUGAUGCGGUAGCAUUGGAUAUGUUGAAUCCUCAAGUUGCUUUGCCUGUUUUAUACUCAAAUCUUAAACAGGGCGGUAUAUGUGCUGUAUAUCUAGCAAACAUCACACAGGUUAUUGAACUUUUAGAUGGAAUUCGCGUCUGUGAACUUGCUCUCUCAUGUGAAAAGAUAAGCGAAGUCAUUGUCAGAGAUUGGUUGGUUUGCCUUGCAAAACCGAAAAAUGGAAUUUUAGCUCAAAAAGUAGAACCUAAAAUCAACACAGAUUUACAAUUACAUUCUCAAAAGAAAAUUAGAAUUGAAGGUGAGAUAUUUCAAGAGGAUGACCAUGAAGAAUCACAUUCUGAUUUUCCAUAUGGAUCAUUUCCCUAUAUUGCUAGACCUAUACACUGGCAAACUGGUCAUACAGCUUUUCUUGUCAAGUUGAGGAAGUUCAAACCACAUCGUAACUGAGUACCUCAGACGACAGCAACUGAUUUGAAGACAGAAGUAUAAAGUAGAGCUUUAUUUAUAAAUUACUACUUUUAUAAAUUGUUAUUUUUAGCUAUUACUAUGAUUUGUAUAACUUUUACAUAUAAUUUUGAAAAAUAACAAAAACUAAAAAAAGAUGUGUAACAUUUCAAAAUUGCUUAAAUGUCCCAUUUUGACAUCUGUCUUGCAGUUAGUUUGACAUAUUGUAGUUAAUGAUUCCAAGUUGGU